AUGGAGGAAAUACACUACACGAAGCGCACGCGACAGGCCUGUGAGCCUUGCAGGCGGAAGAAGUCACGAUGUCCUGGAGAAAAGCCAGAAUGCUCGUAUUGCCAACGGCUCGGCCAGCAAUGUGUCUACAAACUUGUCAGCUCCGGCUCCGGCUCCGACCCCACAGACGCUCAAGCUAGACAUAAUCGAAAAUUAGAACAUAGGCUUGGGAGUCUUGAAGGGCAAAUGAGCCGAUUGAUCCAACAGCUCAGCCCGGAGAACUUGAGUUUUCGCCGAGCGUCAGUUCCUUCAGAUCAACUGCCAUCACCUCAAACGAGUCGCUUGUCAGACCCGGGCCCCGCCAGAGAAAUUGAAUCAACUCCAAGUAGUGCAACAUUCACAGACGAUGAACUUAAUGAUAUGGGGCGCAUAUAUUUGACCUGGUGUCAUGGACAGCCCAUUACUCUGUUCGACGAAACAUCGUUUCUCAAUUCGCUCAAAUCCAGAGAUCCAGAGCUUUUAUGUGCAAUUGGAGCUCUAACUGAGAGAUUCCCUCCCAGAUCACUAAACGAUCAUAGCAAAGAGUUGAUGGAGACUCUUUCUCAAAGAUCUAGGAGGGCCGUAAUGGACAAGAUAGCUGACGGCGAGGUGCAGCUUUCUACCUUACAAAGUCUAUGCAUUUUAAGCAUUUGUAACUUUACCAGCGGAAAAGUAACUCAAGCUGGCCUCAAUAUUGCCAUGGCUGAUCACAUCAAAGACACUACUAAUUGGGUCGAAACGGACGGCCAAGAUAAUGAGAGGGACAAAUGUUUCAGAAGCAUCUCUGUACUCAAGAAAUUGCAGAGCUCCGUUCUGCCUUCUGUCAAAAAGAUGGUGCCUUCAUCCUUGUAUCCGGUAGGAUAUUCGAGUUUGCAGAGCGACGUCGCGGAUCGAAUUGACAGGACUUCACAGGUACAUAGGGAUGAUGGCAUCCCUUUCUACGCAGAGAAGCUGUGCGAUGUAUGGCAAAUGGCGAGAGCAUAUGCUGCUUCACAAGCAAAUGCAAAUGAUCCACCGCCAUGGGACUCAAGGUCGGAAUUUUCCGAGGUCAUGAGCCGGCAUUUGGAACUCGAUUGCUUGAUUCCAGUCAAAUACCGCUUCCGCUUAAACAACAUGGCUGAGUACGACAGUGAGACGUUGCUACAGAACCGCGGAUAUUGGGCACAUUUCAUUUUUAUCCAAUUCGUUUACUCUGCCAUUCCAUGCCUUCUCAACCACCCGUUCCUACUGUCUUUGCGACUGCGCCACUUUCGACACACAAUCCCAGAAAGCUUCAUUCAGCAAUCCUAUGAGCAGUUGACACGGUUCAUGGGUUGGAUCAUAUACUUCAUAGAUCUACUGGAGAGAAAGUCUUUCCAGGUUUCAGAUCCAGUGCUAGCGCAUUGCGUUGUUAUUGUGUCAACAAUUCAUCUUCAACAUAGCUUUGUGGAAGAUCCAGUCCUGCAACGGAAGGCAUCUAGAGGAUUCGAAAAAUGCCUUCGCUUUCUCAAGCGCAUGGGGCAAAUGUGGCCUUCUGUAGCUCUUAUGGUUGAAAACCUGAAGAACUUACAAGGCAGCGUAGUAUGCUUGCCGCCAAGAGCAGCUAGCCAAGAGAGGAGUAUUGUUUCCGGCGAACCUUCUUUCUCAAUCAAUGCUCGACUACUCUGGGAUGUUCUUAUAUAUGACCGCGCAGGGCAGGUUAAUGCGAGAGCUGACUACUCUAUGUUGGGAAGCACAUUGAUCUCGAAAACGCCCGAAAAGGGAGUUGAAGCUCGCGCUGUGGAUGAAGAGUUUGACCUGAUUGGUUCGGCAGGCUUAAGCGGUCAUAAGUCAAUGAUUCACCAGGGGCCUGCCUAUGCUCCCGAUGAUGAGAAUAUCCUUGACCUGGACGAGGAUAACUUAGACACGACACCGCAUGCCAUAACCAACAUGGCAAUCACGAUUGGGGAUGUUAAUUUAGAAGGACUUGGUGGAUAUGGAAACGAGGAAAGUAUGUUUCUGGCACAAGAUUACGGGAGGGCAAUCGGCGACUGGUUUGAUUUCGAUGCCAUGUAG